AUGGGUAACGAUCGUGGUCCUCAGAUGACGGGAGUCAUUAUUACUCUCUUUGUCACAUCCAUAAUAACUGGCGUGCUGCGUUUCUACACCCACGGUGUCAUCAUCAAGCGCUUCUUUGCAGAAGACUACAUCACUUUCUUCACACUGUUACUAUACACCGGUUACACAACAGUCAGCCUUCUCGCCGUGGCACACGGCCUAGGGAAACACAAUGUCGACGUACCUCCAGAAGAUCGCCCCACGGCAAUAAUGUAUCGAUGGCUCGCCUCGCUCUUCUACAUCGUUAUAUCGCUCCUGACGAAGUGGAUCGUCGGGCUUUUCCUCUUGCGAAUCUGUCCGCGCAAACGAUGGCGGCAAAUUACAAUCUGGACGAUUUUAGGCUCCGUAACCGUGUUCAGCAUUCUAUACUUUUUCUUUGACAUUUUCAGCUGUCAGCCUGUUACGUAUGAGUGGACAAGAUACAAUCCAGUACCAGCGGAGGGAACAUGCAACGCUACCACCUUUGCGACAGUUACGACAUACAUCGCGGCCGUGUUGAACAUUGUGGCGGACUGGGUACUGCCCGCUCUACCAGCAACCCUGGUGUGGAAAUCACAGAUUGAGCAUCGAAUGAAGAUUUCAAUUAUUGCGCUGCUAUGUCUGGGCUCGACUGCAUCGAUCGCAACGAUUGUUCGCAUUCCGUACGCAGAUGGCAUCUUGGAUAAUCCAGAUUACCUCUACACAUUCACCGAUCUCGGUAUCUGGAGCACUGUAGAGAUUGGAGUGGCCUUGACAGCAUCAAAUCUUGCCACGUUGAAGCCCUUGAUGCGCAAACUACGCGUCUUCAAGAGCAUGUCCAGCAUCACGCAUUACGGUAGUAAAAGCCAACCAGUUGGUGGUGCUGGCGGCACAGCUGGACAUGCCCCGAGCCGAUCAAAAUCAUUCGUCAAUGGUAAUAACCAUAUAACAAUUACUGGGGCGGCUUCGGCUCGCGAGUCGAGAGGUGUAAGAUGGAAUCGAAGAGAGUCGAUGGAGUUGGAGUUGGUUGAUAAGCGGGAUGGCACGAGUAGCGAGGGGAAAAGCGACGUUGAAAAGAGUCGUGACAGUAAUGGUGGGGAGGUUCCUUCAUGGCUUAAUGUUUGA